AUGGCCCCCAUCACAGAUCAACAUGUCGACGACUUGAAGGACCUGGUCCACAAGCUCGAAGCUCGAGUGAGGUCGCUGGAAAGACGAUUAGAAGGGGAGAAGAAACCCUCGAUCACAGAGUCAAUGCGCAUGAUCCUCAUCGGUCCGCCUGGCGCCGGCAAGGGAACGCAAGCUCCCCGAAUUAAGGAGAAGUACUGCGUCUGUCAUUUGGCCACCGGGGACAUGCUCCGGGCACAAGUCGCCAAAAAGACGCCUCUGGGGAAGGAAGCUAAGAAGAUCAUGGAUCAAGGCGGCCUCGUCAGCGACGACAUCAUGAUCAACAUGAUCAAGAACGAGCUGGACACCAACAGGGAAUGCGCGAAUGGCUUCAUUCUCGACGGGUUCCCUCGCACAGUCGCUCAAGCCGAAGGCCUCGACUCGAUGCUCGAAGCGGAGAGCAAGCCCCUCAAACAUGCGGUCGAACUGCAAAUUGACGAUGGUCUGCUCGUUUCCCGUAUCACUGGCCGACUUAUCCACCCUGCCUCGGGCCGAACGUACCACAAGGUCUUCAACCCACCCAAAGAGACCAUGAAGGACGAUGUCACUGGGGAACCUCUGAUCCAACGGACCGACGACAAUGCCGACACUCUUAAGAAGAGACUGGGCACGUAUCACGCACAGACGGCUCCCGUCGUGGCAUAUUACAAGAACAAGGGGAUCUGGUCCGGCGUCGAUGCCAGUCAAGACCCGGAGCAUGUUUGGAAGAGCAUCCUUGGCAUUUUCGGUGAUUCCAAGGCCACUUCAUCCGGUGGCAGCAUCUUGGGAAAGCUCGGCUUGCGGUAG